GGAGAUUCACUCUGAAUAAGGAAAACAAAUGCAUUACUGUGUUUGUUCACGAUCAAUCCUCUUGGGGCUCACAUGUUGUUUUUAAAUUAUUUGAGCCGAAUUUUAGCAAUUUGUGACCGUGUUUCGGUGUUUUUAAUCAUACGUAUUGUUAACUGAGUGUCGUUUUUAUGCAAUUCGUACGGUCUCGUGUAACCCUGUUCGACCUUUUGAACAUGGAUACCUCUCUUGAUACCUCUCUCGAUACCUCCCUUGAUAGGGAUACCUCCCUUGAUACCUCUUCAAAUUCUCUUCAGCAGGAUUACACGGUAGAUUCCGUCCGACCCUCCAAGAGGACAAGGACAGCUUACACGAGCGCUCAAUUAGUCGAAUUAGAGAAGGAGUUCCACUUCAAUCGGUACCUUUGCAGACCCAGAAGGAUAGAGCUUGCUCAACUUCUCAGUCUCUCUGAACGCCAAAUCAAGAUCUGGUUCCAAAAUAGGCGAAUGAAGUACAAGAAGGACCAAAAACCUAAAGCAACUGGUCACCAGGAUGUUUCAUCCUCCUCAACACCUACAAGCUCGAACUCCUUCAACAAAUCAUUCAACUCAGACGCCCCCAGCUCCCCGAUAUCCUCCAGCUCAAGCAAGACCGGCUCACCCCCGGCCAGCUCCCCAGUCAACCGCCCAACAACGACGAUCCACCAUCAACCAGUCCACCAUCAACCGGUCCACCAUCAGCCGGUCCACCACCAACCCCUACCCCAUCUCCCACCGAUGCCCACCACCCACCAACCAUCGGACUUCGCCGGGACUUUCAACUUGGACCCGAUCCCGAGGCCGCAGCUCGACGUCACCUACGACUACCUCAACAGUCUCCCCUCCACCACGGACUCCCAUUUCGAUUACUCGACGAGGAUGUCCAAGCCCGUCUACACCCAGAUCGGCCACCCCGUUGAGCAGCUCCCCGAAGCGGACACACUGGCCAAACCGCUGCUGUCCAUCGGUCACUCCUACGAUCUCCUGGAGUCACCUUACGUCGGGCACCACUUCAACAACCCUGUUUUUUACGACCCCAAUCCGCUGCCGACGAACUACUACAACAAUUUGACCUGGGGCUCUUGGUGCUUCCCGCCGCAGACGGUGAAUCAGUACGAUGCGACCAGACCUGUCAUCACCCCGCCGAGGAACACGUUUGACGGUGAGCAUUGAUGCGAUACGUUUUGCAUUAGCCUGCACUGAAAAAAAUUGUACGCUGUUUUAGCACCUAGGAUGUCAAAAAUGCGUCUGGUGAUUCUAGGAUGCUGUCUUGAUUGCCUGCGCUGUUGAAUUUGCAUUCACAGGAUGUUAAGUUAACUGCGGAGGCAGUAAAGGCAACAUCUUUGGAUCACUAGACAUAUUUUUGACACUCUAGAUGCUAAAACAGCAUGUUAUUUUUUUCAGUGAGUGUCACACUAUCAAGGUCUGGUGUUGUGAUUGGCUUAGUCGAUGACUUGGACCAAUCACAGCAAUUUGCCUUGACAUUUCGAUGGAAUAUUUUGAUAGUGUGACACAGGUUAAUGGCAGAUCCAGCAAAUGGGUCAGUUGCGCUGGUCACAGAAUCGUGUUUUGAUGAUUUAUUCCUCUAGAUCGACUAAAAAUAAUAAGAUCUG